AUGCCCGGAACAACUGUUAAAAUUAUUAUAGACAAGGUUUUUAAUAAAUCCGUGCCUAAACCUGUUAAUCUCCGUCAUGGAUAUGAUUUGGACUACGUAAAAAAUUAUCAAGCAAAAUGUGGUUCUUAUGAUAAGAGUGAAACUUUGGAACGUGACCUUAACAAUAUUUCUCUUGUUGACCCAUCAAAUUCAUCCAUAGUAACUAUACUAGAAACAAUGAGCGAACCGUUUCCAGGCUUUAAAGCUUUAGCCCCAUAUUUCGAUAAGGACAGUACCGAAUGGUCAUAUCCCAAUUUUCUAUAUGAGAUGCGAAACGUUAUCUUGGAUAUCGAGCCAUUUAAUGAAGAUUGGGGUGGACUCGACGGAACGUGGUAUAAACGAUAUACGAAACUGGCAAAUAAUGAAAAUGGUUCAGAAGUACGUUUGGGCGCUUCUGAACGAUUCAGAGGUUUUGCUGAAAAUUUUCGGUGUCCACGCCAUCAACCUUAUCUCAUAUUUGAACGUAAAAAGCGAACGGCUCAACGUAAUUACGUAAAGACUAGUAUUGAAGUGUUAGAUGAAGCACGGACGUAUGGCGCCCAAGAAAUAAUUUCAGAGAUGCCAGAAGCUCUUAGAACGAAACGUUCUCUAACUGGUGGAAUAGUUCCGGAAUCAUCAAAGAAAUUUAAAACGACAUCCGCGUCUGUUUCCUCCUCAACUGGUGACGAAAAUGCGACCGAUGAUGAUGGGCAAACAGCCGAUGAAUCCGAAGAAAUUAAUACCGAAAAAGCAGGAAAGGUAAAUAGUUCGAAUUAUUCCGAUACAAUCUCUACAUCAGAUCAGGCAAAACCGUUUGGCGAGUCUCACUCAACAUCUACAAUUCCUACGACUCCUCCUCCUUCAUCUCCCAAUUAUAAACAACCACGAUUUAUAACUAAUAAUGAAUACAUGGAUAUGGAUUGGUCUCCCUGGCAUUAUGGUAUUAUCGACCUGAAUGAUAGUAGAAUCAUGAAUGUUUUGGGACAAUCUGUAAAAGUUUAUUUUGAAGAAAAAAUGAAGAAAUAUAAACCACAAAGAUCCGUGUCAAAAGAAACUUUGGAAACUUUGAAGUGUUUAAAUGUAACAUCAUUGUGGGAGCUUGGAAAAGCUCUUUCAAGUAUCACCAUUAAUUACGAAAAUCCAAAUAGAGAUACAGAUAAGGGUAUAUUAAAUCUAGAUAGUUCCGAACUACAAGAAGGAUGGUACAACAGCAACAUCGUUGCGCCAUUCUUUGACGAUUGCUUAGCUUCACUUAAUGAUUGUAUUCUCCGACGUGGUGAAGUCGCAAGCAAAGCACAAAAACUACUCGGAAAUAAAUCAUCAAAAAAGCCAAAAUAUGACGGAGUCUUGCCAUUUAAUAGAAAAAUCGAAUUUAUUUAUGUGGAAACAGCAACCACAUCGAUCUUAUCAAAAAGAGAUAUUGACUUGUCAAAAUUGCAUGAAGCAAUAGCUAUUAUGUUCAAGUUUAUAGUAUCUUCAUUACCAGAAAAAAUUGUAUACGAAAUAUCAGAUUUACCCAUCCUUUGCAUUCAAUUCUGCGGAACAACAGCUGAUGUAUACCUUGCUAAUUGGCCAGUUAAGAUGCGUCCAGUUGUUUUUUCAAUAAUGGACUUUGACAUUCCGGAACAAGUUGCAUCUUUACCAAGUCUAACGAAAUCGGCUGUAAGAAUGUUAACAUUACGGUCAUUAAUUCAAGACCUCCAUAAACGGUAUCAAUUAUUAUUAAAAAAUAUCUCAGAUUAUUAUUUAGAUAAUGAUAAUAAUUGGACAUCCCCACUGAAACUGAAGACUAGAUAA